AUGUCCACACCGUCACAGGUCCCCACCGUCACAGGACCACACCAUCACAGAACCCCACCAUCACAGGACCCCACCGCCAUGUAUUUUCCCUCCCAUCAACCCUGCUACUCAAAGAAAAGAGAGGGGAGACCCAGCCAAGCUCCCCCUCCGGGAGCUCCCCAUCCGGGAGCUCCCCCUCCAGGAGCCCCCCCUCCACGAGCUCCCCCUCCAGGAGCCCCCCUCCAGGAGCUCCCCCUCCAGGAGCCCCCCCUCCAGGAGCACCAGAGUAAAGUGGAGGACAACAAGCGUCUACUUGAGGAGCUGGCGCGUAUGGAGGAGGAGCUGAUAGACCGUCUUCGCAGGGAGGUGGCGAGACAGAGAGAGCUGAACGUUCUGCGACAGGAGGACAACAGGCUACGCUGGAGGACACUGUGCUUCCUCCAGCUCAACCAGCGCCUCAAAAAGCCCGUUGUAACCAGCUAUUACAAGAACAUCCCGAUGCACAUCUACUGUCUCCCUAUUCAGACUGUUGGAAAAGGCAACAGUAACAAGAAGAAGAAGAAGAAGAAGUGGCAGAGAUGAGAAGAAGAGGAAGUAGAAUAGGAGUGCAGUCUGGGAGGAUGUGUGACAGUUCAUUGGUUCCACUUCCAUGUACCACUGUGGGACACAGGACUAUGUAACUCACAAGUCCUGCUGAACGCUGCUUCCUUAACAUUCUGUACUGCAUUGGGAAAAAAGAAAGUCACAAAGAAUAUUUUGGAUAUCUAUCUGCUCUCUCUCCGGUAUUUCUUACUUUGCCACUAUACUGAUAUACACUGCCUUCAGAAAGCAUUCAGACCCCUUCCCUUUUUCCACAUUUUGUUACGUUACAGCCUUAUUCUAAAAUGGAUUAAAUAAAAUAAAACAUCCUCAGUAAUGUACA